UCUCGCAAGGCCGACAAGGGCAAUGCGCGCGCACGGCGCGCUCCACUCUGCCGCCACCUCCCGAACCGAACCCGCCCCUUCCGCUCCUCGCCUCCUCACUUCCUCACCUCCAGUCCGAGUCCCGGCCGGUCGAUCCUGACGCCGGCCGCGUGGCUCCGCCCCCAAGCCCCAACCGCCGCGUCCCCCCACCCUUGUCGGCGAACGCCCGCUAUCAGUGGCAGCUAGUUCCCUCCCUCCGCCCGCUAUCUUGAGCGGUGGGUGAUGGAGUUCACUUUCGAGGAUGCAGAGGAACUGUGCUCGCUCGUUUCGAGCCAGCAAUCCCACGUCGACGAGAAGCGGAGGUGGCUGGAGUCGACGGUCCUUAGUCCGGAUGGCUGCAUCAGGCGCGCGAAGCGACCCAAGUUUUUGGAUGACGCGUACUUGCCUGAGUCAUAUAUCAGGAGUGAAGAUAUAUCUUGUGAUAAAGUGAGAGGUAGCAUUAAUAAAGUUUGGAGUUCAGAGUGCAAUGGCUAUACGCAUCACUUAGUUCAGGAGGGCCUCCAGCUUUUUAACUUAAAGAAGGAAAAUGAACCAUUUGGUCUAGAAUAUCUUGGUGUCAUGCAGGACACAAUCAGCAAAUUGACAUAUGAAAUGCUUCAUGCAGUGGCUUGCAUCGUCAGUCAUAACAAGUUUACUUUUGAUAAGACUAGGUCUGUAAUGGAAAAGAUUGUAAAAUCUCACCUUCCAAGUUACUUGGCCAGCUUGGAUCAGAAAGACAUGCUAUGCCAGCUAUUCAAUAUUUUUACAAAUCCAUGCAGCUAUCGAUCUGGUUCUGUGAGGCUAGUCACACCCGUGUCACCGCAACUUUUGUCUUCUAUCAAUCGUGCGUUGGAUGAGCUUGAAGGAAUGCCUAUGCAGGGUCUUGUUGCAAUGAAUAGGAACAUUAGAGGAAAACCGUGUACCCCAAAAUUUGGAUUAAUUGCUCGCUCUUCCACAAGAGCACGUAUAAUCAAAAUGGUAAGGAAAAGGUGCAACAAGAUUUUAGCAAAGCUUGAGGAAGGUAAUUACCUUCCAAAGAAAUUAGCAAAGGCAAUGUCAGUGGUGAACCUAUAUCAGAAGCAAAAGCUGAGCAGUGUGAGUAUUUUGCAGUCAGAGUUCUUCCCCUUUGCAAAAGAAACUAUAUCUUUGCAGAAUGAUAUCCUAAAUGCUCUUUGGUCACUUCCAAAAAUCACACAUGAGAAACUGAAAUUACUGCGCCCAAUACUGGAUCAUGAUUCUAAAGUUGAAAGGACGCACUUAAGAGCAGCUUUGAGGAACUACUUGACAGAAUGUUUGUUUGGAUGUGAUGAUGAUCUACCAGAUGAGGCCCUCCGAGCCAUAGCCUUUAUAAAUCAGAUUUCUAGACGUCAGCGUGUUGUCUUAACAGAAGAGAGGAAGGAGGCUGAGGUAGAUGCUGUACUGAACUUAAGCAGUCAUCUCAAAGCUUUAGCACAUUGUUGUAUAGAAGAAUGUUCAUGCGAAGAGUUGAUUAGCUUAGGGAAUGAUUGCUGCAAUGAGGAUAACGAUUUCAUACUUUCUUGGACCAAUUACUUCAAUUUAAGCUCUGAGCAGCAGGAGGUGCAUGAGCCUUGUCGUUCUGUUAGUUUAUUGGGCACUGAUAUUACGAGAGGGAGUUGCUGGGGUGAAACUAUUGGCGAUACACAUAAUGUCUCUAGAGCUGGUUCCAAAUCAGAAGUACUUAGGAAACAUUGUGACAGGGCUGAAGACUCUGGAAGCACUAGGCAUUGCAGAGACAAUGAAGCUGUUAACAGUGACAUGGAGCCCUAUGCAGAGAUGUCUGUUGAUGCUAACCAUUUGAAGAAGUCAAGAUGUUCGGAGGUUACUGCAAUCUGUGAUGAAACUUCAAUAUUGGCCCAUUCGAUUAUUGGGCAGAUUUUAGACGAAUGGUUGCCUACGGAGAACAAUGAAGUGGACAAGCUGACUAGAGGCCAUGUUGGAGGGGGAUUGAUGCCUCAAGCUCCCCAAGACGAUGAUAAUAGGCCCGCUAAUUCAGCAGAGGCCAUAGAAGGUGACAUUUUUAUUCGUGCAGUGGAAUGUGUCUUGCCUAAUUUGCCAAAAAGUUGCAUAGACGAAGUCAAGAGGCUAAUGAGCUGAGCUAGCAAGUAGUACGUGAGAACGACCUGCAAUGGAACCUAUGGACCCGAUAAAUUUUCGAUUUUGUUUCUUCAAAAAACUUUAUCAGACCUGUGUAUUCUGUGGUUGUGACUAGGCACUUCCGUUUGUGGCAAGCUUUUCUGCAUAUACUUGAUGCUAUCGGGGGUGUAGUGGUAAUUGUGCAUCCCGUCAUCGGAAAUAUGAACGUGAAGCUAAGCUCAAGCAAUGGCAAA